AGAUCCAUCUUCUCUCAAAACAGAUGGAAGAUAUAUCCACCUUUCUUGCAAAAAACAGGGAUGCGGUGGUUACCGGGGCAAACAAGGGGAUUGGACUGGGAAUAUGCAAGCAGUUAGCUUCCAAAGGAGUGACUGUUGUUUCAACGGCUAGAGAUGAGAAAAGGGGCAUUGUAGCUGUAGAAAAGCUCAUAGAAUCUGGUCACUCGGACUUUAUCCUUUUUCAUCAACUUGAUGUUGCAGAUCCUGCCAGUAUUGCUUCUCCGGUGGAAUUCAUCAAAUCCCAGUUUGGAAAGCUUGAUAUCUUGGGUUUAAUCUCUGGUAAUCAUCAAAACUCAGCCUGGUGCACAAGUCAACUGGACUCAGAUGCUUACUCAAACACAGAGUUAGCUGAAGAGGGCCUCAAGACAAACUACCAUGGUGCCAAAAGAAUUAUUCGUCAUAUUACAGCAGAGUUUGGAGCAGCUGUUCUGCGAGCUGCUGUUGGUGAAGAAUUGGCAGAAGGACAUGGUGAUGUGGGGCCCAAAGAGCUCAUGCACAUGUCAAAACUCAAAGAAUCUGGUCUCUCUGAAUACAUAGUUUUUCAUCAGCUUGAUGUUGCAGACCCUGCAACUAUUGCUUCUCUAGCAGAUUUUGUCAAGAGGCAAUUUGGAAAGCUUGAUAUCUUGGUGAACAAUGCAGGAAUUGGUGGUGCAGCAACAGAUCGUGACGCUGUUGUCAGUAAGAUACAGGCGGGUGAACAAAUCAACUGGAGUGCACUCACAACUGAAACAUAUGAGUUGGCUGAAGAAGGCCUUAGAACAAACUACUUUGGUGCCAAAAUGAUGUGUGAAACAUUUAUUCCCCUCCUCCAGUUAUCUGAUUCACCAAGAAUUGUUAAUGUUUCUUCCUCCAUGGGGAGGUUAAAGAAUCUAUCAAAUGAAUGGGCGAAAUCGAUCUUAAGUGAUGCUGAAAACCUUACAGAAGAGAGAGUGGAUGAUGUAUUGAACAAAUACCUCAAAGAUUUUAAAGGGGGAUCACUAGAAGCUCAAGGGUGGCCUGCUUUUAUGUCUGCCUAUACACUCUCCAAGGCUGCCAUGAAUGCCUAUACAAGGAUUUUGGCUAAGAAACACCCUAGUUUCUGCAUUAAUUGUGUUUGCCCUGGCUAUCUCAAAACUGACAUGAGCUUUAAUACCGGAGUCUUGACUGUUGAGGAAGGUGCUCAAGGUCCCGUUAGAUUGGCAUUGCUGCCAAAUGGUGCCCCUUCUGGUCUCUUCUUCUAUCGAUUGGAAGAAUCAGAGUUCUGAUCAGAUUGUGGGAAAGUUUAUGCUAUUUCCUCUGUACUGCUUUAUGAUUGUCUUAGAAUCUCAAACAAGCAAAAGCAUAUGUGAAAAAAUGUUUAAAUAUAAACGUUGUUUGCGAGUAAGGAAUAACAAAGUCUGUGAUUUAUG